AUGGACGAAAAAGCCCAAUUUUUCUAUCUAAAACCUCUCCCACUCUAUGAAGUCGAGGUCCCGUACGACAACUUCAUUGACGGCACAAGCAACAUAACCAUUGAGAAGCCGCCGCUUCAAUUGGUCCUGGACAUUCGUGGCAGAGAGGAAGAAUUCACACUUGCGACUCAUGGCUUUGAAUACCACAAACGAGCUCUACCAGCUGUCCGCUGGGAAGACGAGGACGACAUCAAGAAAGUAUAUGUUGAAGACUUGAAAAUUUGCGAAGUGCUGGGGAGCCCCGGAGCACGAUUCCUGUGCAUCCCGGGUUGUGCGGGACCCACAAAUUGUUUCCUGCCCUUUUGGUACAUGUUGUCGCCUUUGGGAGUCCUCGAAUGGCUGAGACGCGAACUUGGACAAGAAGAAACCACUGAGAUAGUCAACAAUUACCGGGUGCGGGUCAUCAAGUACGUUCCACUCCUGUUUCCCGCUGCUUUGAAAUGCGUAAGAGGCCAACUUUCUAUCCGGGUCAUAAGCAUAUGGCGUCCGCUGGUGGACGUGGUCAAAGAUGUCCCGUUAGCCAUGUGCGAUGUUCGAACGGUUAAACCCUCUGAUCUCGUCGGCUCCGCCCACGUCAGCGGUGAUUAUGUUCGCAGGAAUUAUCAGGUCAAAUACAGCCAAGAAUUUCAGUUCUAUUACCUUUCCAGGAUGGUGAAGGAGGAGCUGUGUGUCUUCAUGGUGUUUGACUCCAGCGGGGUAGGAGAGGAGAGAAUACGUACGCCUCCACACUCAGCCUUUUGGCACAGCAAGCAGUGGAGGUCAGACAAGCACCCAAGGGAAAGCAUUGAAGUGCGCCUCUUGGUGUUGUCACCACUGGAGUAG